AUGCCCACUAACGAAGAUUUUCAAGGCGUUUCAAAUUGCUAUGUGUUCAAGAGCCGAUUGCAGGAGUAUGCGCAGAAGGCAGGGCUGCCUACGCCUGUCUAUGAAACUAUCAAGGAGGGGCCUUCCCAUGAACCUUCCUUCAGGUCAACAGUGAUAGUUAAUGAUGUUCGGUAUGAUUCUUUGCCUGGAUUUUCCAACCGGAAAGCAGCAGAGCAGUCAGCUGCCGAAGUUUCUUUGGUGGAGUUGGCCAAAUCUAAUAUAGUUAAUCAAUCCAUCACCCAACCUGUUCAUGAAACAGGAUUAUGCAAAAAUUUACUUCAGGAAUAUGCUCAGAAAAUGAACUAUGCAAUGCCUAUGUAUCAGUGCAAAAAGGAUGAAACACCAGGUCGAGCUUCUGUAUUUUCAUGUACGGUUGACAUUGGGGGUAUACUCUAUAUUGGGGGAGCAGCACGAACAAAGAAGGAAGCAGAGAUUAAAGCUGCUAGAACUGCUCUAUUAGCUAUCCAAUCAAGUGCAUCUCAUGCUUCCCAAAACCAGGUUGGCCAUCCACAGUUGACGGUCCUUCCAUGCAGAAAAAGGGUAGCAGAAUCAGUUGCUAUAGCUGAUGAGAAUUCAAAUCCCCCAAAGCCUAAGAAAACGCGAUUUAAAAGGAAAUCUUCAAAGAGGAAAAAUCCUAGAGAUAAGAUAGGCUCAAUUCAUACUGAAAACGUGGGUAUUGGAACAAAUAUCAAUCAUGAAGUAGAAACACAAGCAAUUGUUAAUGGGGAAUCUGGCCUCCAUGAAACGAAAUCUGAAAAAUUCGCUUCAGAAGCCAUGAAGAAUUUAGAGAAUGGAGUAUCAGUUAAUUAUCCCGAGAAAGAAACAUUGGCUGCGGAGGUUUCUUUUGCUCUGAAGAGCCAAGAAGGGGUUCUUGAAAAUGGAAAGUCAACAGAAUUUUAUUCCAGGGAAAACAGUCUUGGGAUUGUUGUGACAGAACUCUCUUCUGUGUCUAAUGGAGACAUUUUGGAAACGGGUGUGGAGAUGAACAAACAGCAAUACAACGGAGAAAUGGUUUCUGACCAUUGUGUCGUGGGGGGUUGA